AUGUUUAUGAAAAACUGUGAGCUUAGUGAACCAUUUAAUUACGAGAAUGAUAAAGAAUUUUCAAAAAAUGACUUUAUAUCAUUCUGGAAUAAAGUAGGAAAUAAAAUUCAUUGGGAUAAACAAUAUACCCGAAUAUGGAGUGGAGACGAAAGAAGACCUGAAUGGUUUAAGGAUGGCUCUACUAAUGUAUGCAAUAAUGUUUUGGAUGUCCAUUUAAAAGAAAGAGGUGAUCAAGUUGCAAUCUAUAAUGAGUGUCCAUCUAUGAACCUAUCCUCCCAGAUUACUUAUAAAGAACUAUGGCAACGUGUAUGUGUAUUCUCAAGAGUUUUAAGAAACCUAACUAUUGGAAAAGGUGAUAAAAUUAUUAUAUUAAUGCCAAAUUAUAUGGAAACCCAUAUUGCCAUGCUCUCCUGUGCUCGUAUUGGUGCAAUUUAUAGUACCACAUCUACAUUGUUAGAGGCAAACCAAUUAUCUACAAAAAUAGAUUAUUUCCAACCCAAACUAAUAAUUACUGCAAAAUUCGGUGUUAAAGGCAACGGAUAUAGAUAUAUUAUUUCCAAACUUAAAGAAGCAUUAGAUACAUCAACACAUAAACCAAACCAUACAAUUAUUCAUAACCGUAUUGGAUUUAUUAGUAAAGAAAAGCAAGAAGAAUUUUUCAGUAAAGAAGAGAAUAAAGCAUAUCGAAAUAUUCAGAUUGAAGGGGAAUUUGAUUGGGAUGAAAUUGUACAAGGGGUCCAACCAUUAAAAGAAUAUGAAAUAUUAGAAUCAUCACAUACUUUAUCAGUAUCAUUCUCAAGUGGUACCACUGGCGAACCAAAAGGUUUCAAUAAUGAAACCGGUUGUUAUUUAGCCCAUCUCUACUAUUCAUACAAAUGUAACUAUAACUUUAAAGCUGGUGAAACAUAUUUUACAACAACAAGUAUUGGUUGGGCUUUUGGCCAAAACUUAUUUUAUGGUUCCCUGUUCCACGGCUCAUCAUUAAUAGUAUAUGAAGGUGAUCAAAAUAUACCCACUAUUGAAUACUUUAGAAUUAUAGAAAAGUAUAAAGUUAAAACAAUGAUAUCAACAGCAUUAAUAUUUAGAUUAGUCCAUAGUAUAGAUCCAAAUGCCGAUACUAUCAAAAACUAUGAUAUAUCUAGUUUAAAAUCAGUUAUCUUGGGUGGUGAAAACCUCAAUCCCUCAGUAGCAGAUUUUAUUACAAAAAAAAUAGGUGUCCCAAUCAAUGAUAGCUAUGGACAAAGUGAAACUGGUGUUAUAUUAACUUAUCCAUCUCAUCAAAUACCAUAUCUUGAAAAAUCAUCAGGUGUCCCAGUUGCAGGCUUUAGUGUUGGUUUAAAGUCCCCCAUAACAAAAGAAAUAAUUACAAAACCAUAUCAACUAGGUGAACUAGUAAUUAAAUUACCACUUUCACCAUUACACAUACAAUCACUUCUUUAUGACGAUCAAUAUCAAACAAAACUCAAUAAUAAAUACCUUGACGAGUACCCAGGUUAUUAUAAAAGUGGUGAUUUAGGAUAUUAUGAUGAAAAUGGAUAUUACUUUAUAGUAUGCAGGGCAGAAGACACAAUCAGUACAGGCAAUAACAAAUUAGCAUACAACACAUUUUUUGAAGAUUUUAUCCAAAGUAAUGAAAUGAUUUAUGAUAAUGUCGUAGUACCUGUUUCAUCACUAAACCCCAAUGACCCUUCAGAACAAGCACCAGCAGCAUUUAUAAUAUUAAAAGACCAAUAUAAACAAUUUUAUUGCCAACAGCCAAAACAAUUUACAGAUCAAUUAUUAGAAAAAAUUAAUCAAUCUUUAAUAUUCAAUGCAAUGAUUGAAAAAACAUUCAUCAAACAUUUAAUUAUAGUAGAUGAACUACCAAGAUCGAUUAGUAAUAAAAAAAUUAGAAAUGUUUUAACAAAUAUAUAUAAUGGUGAAAAAUAUAAUAUACCGACCAAUAUUACAAAUCCAUAUGCUUUAUCUGAUAUAGAAAAUCGUGUUAAAUCUUAUAAAGCAUUAAUUUAA